AUGUCAGAAAUCCCUCAGGAGAUCGUAGAAGAGAUGAAGGAGCUUUCAGUGAGUGUUCCAGAGCUGGGGUCGCGCUACAAGUUGCUGGACAAGAUUGGAGAAGGGACUUUCUCAUCAGUAUACAAGGCCGAAGACUUGACGGGUUCUGUAACCAACUCCUACGCCAACCAUUUCUGGAACGCAGACGGAAAGAAGCGGUAUGUGGCGCUUAAGCGAAUCUAUGUGACGUCUUCGCCUCAGCGGAUCUAUAACGAGCUGAAUUUGCUAUACAUGUUGUGUGGCUCAACUCGGGUAGCGCCUUUGUGUGAUGCACUGCGACAUCAAGAUCAGGUCAUCGCAGUGCUACCAUGGUAUCCGCAUGAGGAGUUUCGCAAUUUCUAUCGAGAUCUGCCGAUCAAAGGCAUAAAGAAGUACAUGUCAGAACUUCUGCAAGCGCUUAGCUUUGUGCACUCAAAAGGGAUCAUACAUCGAGAUAUAAAGCCCACCAACUUCUUAUACAGUCCUCAAAUAGGACGUGGUGUUUUAGUGGAUUUUGGGUUGGCAGAACUUGAACAACAGCCUCCACGAGAUAUCGAAAACACUAAAGAUGUUAGGUCGUUAGAGCAAUUUUGCCCCUGCUACAUCGUAGAUCUCGAAACACAGUCUGCGAACCAGCUCACUUCUAAAUCUGCAUCCAAGGGAAAGCAUGCGCUACAUCCUUCAACAUUGCCAAACAACACCAACGCGCUCGUGGAUCUCACGAAGGGAUACCCUAAAUACGAAACUCGUCGCAAUAAAAGAGCAAACCGAGCCGGCACUCGUGGAUUUCGGGCACCAGAAGUGCUAAUGAAAUGCUCCCAUCAGACUACAAAAAUUGACAUCUGGUCCGUUGGAGUCAUUCUGCUGAGUUUUCUCUCAAGAAGGUUCCCAAUGUUCCAAAGUCUUGACGACACCGACUCGCUCCUUGAGUUGUGCUGCGUUUUUGGGUGGAAAAGAAUGAAAAAGUGUGCUGCUCUGCAUGGGUUGGGUUUCGAUGUCAGUGGUUUGGACGGCAUCAGCGAGGACGGAUAUAAAGGUGGGCUUAGCGAAUACAUCAAAGAGCUAUUGCGCGCAGAAGUUGAAGCCGGCACCUUUCCAAGUUAUUCAGUUGCGUUUGAGACAUACGAGUAUCUGAUAAACAAGUCCCUGGGGAAGAAUAUAGCUCCUUCAACACGCCAAGACGAUAUUGACGAUGUUUUGAACUACGAACUAAAAAAAUAUCAAGACGAAAUAUGGAGUGAUCAUUACUGGUGUUUCGAAGUUUUAGAACAGUGCUUUGCUCUAAAUCCGCAUCGCAGAAGUACCGCAGAUGAACUUCUUUCAUCCACGUUUUUCAACGAACUAAUAGACUCGGAUUGCACGGAAGAAAACGAUGAAGACGACGUUUUGACUAUUGAAAACUGA